UGGAACGAAGCUACUGGACAGUACGACAAGAAGAACUCCUGCUGCACGUGUGAGGCUGCUGCCGAAGGAGUGACUCCAGCAGCCAUGUCCCGUAUCCUUCGUAAGGAGCAGAAGGGCGGCAGGAAUGCUCGUGGCCUGCAGCGCUGCUCGGAAUACGCGGCUGGAUGCGUGGAUUUCACAACUCAAUGGGAAGCUUUGCUAUUGUCAGGCUUGCAGGACGACGACAUCGCCCGGGCGACUGGUGAGCUGGGCCCGGUCAGGGGGGUCUUGCCAUCGCUGAUGGAUUACGCCAUGCCGGACCUGACUGGCAUUCACGGGAAAAAUCGGAGGUCGAUGAAGAAGGCGCACAAGCGCCGCCAGGAGGCCCUCAACACACCCUACUCGCAAAUGUCCAAGGCGGGCAGGAGGGAGUUCCGCAGGGCGUUCGUGACGAUCCAGAUCGAUGCUCUCAAAAGAGCAUGUUCCCCGAUCAUGUACCUCCUCGGCCAGAAGAAGCACGACCUCAACGAUUCCCUCUCCGCGGCCACAGAUCUGCUCAAUUGGAUGAACAGCAACCCGGUCGCUCGCGAGGCUGGCUUCACGAUCGCCGCCGAGCAGGAGGACAUGGCCAUCGGGGCAGUUCUGCACGACGAGGUCGACGCCAGGGCUGGCAGAAUGCAAGCGUUCCGGGAGGUCGGGGGCAAACCGGUUUCCCAGAAAGAGCAGCUUGCUUUGGUGGCAAUGUCCGAUUACACGGACAACUGGUUUGUGCAGGGCAACUACGCGUUGAAUGUAUAUUACGUGUGCAA